UUUUAUUUUACCUUUUUUUUUAAACUAAAAAACUAGUACAAAAUAAUAAAUUAUAGUAAAAAAGAACAAAGAAAGUGUUUGUUUUAAAGAAUUUGGGGUUUGAUAAAGCCCAAUGGUCGACUUUUACAUUUAGUGGCUGAAAAGAGAAAGCCCAAUGGGCCCAAAGCUGUCACCGUCUUGCUGUUAAACGGUCACGCCGUCAUCUUCCUCGGCUAUCCAAAAUCGGGGAGAGUCGAAAUGGGUGGCUGUGGCUGCGGCCCGUCAGAUGAGGGGACCAAAACAUGCGCGCCUUCCCACUUCCGCUCCCUUCCGCCGCUCCUUCCGUCGCAAUCGCUCCUUCCGUCGCAAUCGCUCCUUCCGUCGCAAUCGCUCCUCUUCCCACCAGAUUUCUCAGCCCAUUUUCUAACAAAAUCUCCCCUUCUUUCUUCCCUUCCCCUCCAAAGUUCCUCGUCUCCGGUUUCCGACCCCCUCCCUUCUGUUCAAACUCCGAUUCCACCCCUGUAGAUACCAAAAAUGAAGGUUAUUCUGAUGAUGAGGAUGGUUUCUACGUUUCAGAUGAGGAAACAGAAUCGACAGAGUCGUUUAGUGGGGAUGGAGUUCGCAUCGAGAUUAAGAAGAUAGGGGAAAAUUCUCGCAAAAUUCGGUCCAAAAUCGCGAUUGACGCCACCCUCGACACAGUCUGGAACAUUUUGACGGAUUACGAGAGGUUGGCUGAUAUCAUUCCGGGCCUGGUCGUCAGUCAAUUGGUCGAGAAAAAAGACAACUUCGCUCGGCUCUAUCAGGUUGCACAGCAAAACCUGCCAUUGGGGCUGAAAUUCAAUGCUAAAGCUGUUUUAGAUUGUUACGAGAAAGAUCUUGAGAUUUCACCUUUCGGGCAGAAGCGUGAAAUUGAAUUUAAGAUGGUUGAAGGUGACUUCCAAUGUUUUGAAGGAAAAUGGUCCAUUAAACAGUUUAAUGGAGGACAAUGUGAAGACGGCGAAGGCUCACUUGGUCAAAAAUUUCAGACAAGUCUUUCCUAUUCUGUUGAUGUAAAGCCAAAGGUGUGGUUGCCUGUUCACCUAAUUGAAGGCAGAAUUUGCAGGGAGAUAAAGAUGAACCUCUCUUGCAUCCGUGAAGAAGCAAAGCGAGUAAUCAGUACUCUGCGUGCUCUUUAAUUGUCAUACUUUGCCUUGAUAAGAUAAUAUUGCAAUAUCCAUAUGCAUGCAUGCUUGCUCCCUCUAGCAUAAUGUAAUCAUCAAUGACUAAAUUGCACAGUGGAAGAGUAAUAUGAUUUGCCUCCAUUCUUCUCACCUCUGAUGUUUGUAAUGAACCCUUACAUGAUUAUACUUUUUCUUUGAGAUGAAAAAUGAAAAUAGAGUCUGUGUGAAGCACACUGUCAAAAUUAUGGUGUUAUCUACGUUUCCUUUUCAAUGAUUGAUUAUCUUUAGUCCCUUUGUAGCGAGGGAGAUCAUAUUCCAGGGAACAAGCAAGAAAAAGUGCAGACUUUAGUCUAGCGUGGGGCUAAACCUUUUUGCAAAAGUUAUCUCACGAAGUCCAAUACUGUUGGUUUCCGCAAUCUGUGGUGAUUUGAACUGCUUUGGGCUUCUUUGGUUUUGUAAUGAAAGUACUGUAUAGAA